GCCCCCGCGCUCACCGACGCCAAGGCGCAGGUCAUGCGCGACCUCGCCCGCGCGCCCGCGCGUUUCCCGGAGUAUGCCGCGCUCCGGCACACGCUGCACUCGCCUGCGACAGGCGCCGCCGUAGAAGCCCCCACAGCGGCGGCAACGGCGGCGCGUACGCUCGCGGAAGACGUCGUCGACAUGCCACUCUUUGCGCCUGUCCGUGUUGAUCGCGUCGUCGCGGGCGUCCGGGAGGCCUGUGGUGCGGCGCGCCCUUGAAUGUUGGGGCGUAGGACCGCCAGGGGAUCGAGGCAUGUUAAGGCCGAUAAAUCGCGCGCAGGAGGCAGCUCGAAGACUCUGAAAGCUCAAAACACAUAAAAUUUGGGAUUCAGCACGGCGCAAAUUGACAGAGGCCAAGUAACCAGGCUUACUGCGCCUCAAGUGAUCAUCGCACCAGACGUGUUGUGCCUGACAUUCAAGAGUCCGGCAAGGUGAGUGUUACAUGACAACACGGCGAAGGGCAUAUUGACCUCCAGUGGUGCGAUGGAGCUGCAUCAAGUCCUUAGUCAACAUGAUAAACGAGACGGUGCGAGAAGAGCUUUCGACCCAAGACGCGUCCUUUUCGAGCGCCAAUUUGAGCGCGCCUCUUGCGUUCACGUUCGGAGUUCGUACUCGUGAGAAUACUGAACCUUACUUUGAUGUACUGGUUAAGCCGUGCUUUGAAACUCAGAUAAAUAGCUGUAAAGUAGCUCUUUGAUUGGUGCC